AUGGACCAGAGGCGAUCUCGGCAGGUGGUGCGGGGUCAGCAGAAGAAGCUGAAGGACUCCAGGAAGUGGCGCUAUGUCGAGGUCGAGUGCAAGCGCGACGACAACGAGGAACGAAGCGCCUGGACGACUCCGUGCAACCGCAAGUGGAACUCUUUCCUCCGCCAGGCCGACCUCCGCCGUCGCAAGGUGGCGGUGGAAGGGCUCAUUCACGCCCUGCAGCAUGAGCGGCCAACGCUAACAUUUGAUUGGCUGGAGGGUGAGGGCGUGACUGCGGAGGAGCGCCUGAUUGAGCUGCGCCGGUGGAUCGCCGCCCAGCUGCGGCCGGUCAUGGCCCCACCAUCAACCCCACUGCCCGCGGGUUGCGAUCCGGUCGAGGCCCACGAAAGCGACGACGACGACGACGACGACGAACAAGACCACCAGAAGGAAUACAGUGAUGAUGGCGGAGAUGAUGAUGAAGAUGACGACGACAAUGGUGAAAGCAACGAAGAUGACGACCAGCCGAGCAGGAACCGGAAGGUGAAGUCGAAGGGCGAAGACCUGGAGCUGGAGGUGCAGGUGGCCACCCUCCGACUGGUCUCGGCGCUCGCCGUGCUCUGCACCUGCGCCCACGCCCACCUCCUCCUCGGCUGCCCCACCACCGCCACUCCAUCGGCUGCCACCGCGACCAGGGCGCCGCGCAACCCGAAGGGUAACCCCAAGGGCGGCAAGGCGGUGCCCGGCGUGAUGGAGGUGCUCCAUCGGGUGCUGACGUCGGACGCCGGCAACGCCGCGAAGCGGACCCGGCUGCGGGCGGAGGCCAUGUACGCGCUCGCGGUGGUCUGCUUCGUGCUCGAGGACCAGGCUGUGGCCCUGGAGACGUGCGCGACGCUGGCCGGGCUCUACCUGGGCGACGUCCGGCAAUUGGCCGCCAAAGACAACAGCGACGACGACGACGACGCUAAUGAUGACGACGAUGAUAGCGAUGAUGAAGAAGACGAAGAAGAGGCGAUCGAGGAUGACGAUGGCGAAGACGAUGACGAAGACGACGAUGAAUUCUCUAUUGAUGAUAACUUGGGCGCGCUGCUGGUCGGCAGCGGUAAGAGCGAGGCGGAAUACGCGGCCGCGCUGGGCACGAUCGCCUUCCUGCUGAGCCUGGUCGAUUCGGACAACGACGUGCGCGCCUUCAUCGGCAGCCACAAGGAGGCCCUCAUCAGCCUCUUCUUCCUCGCGGACCACCAGAGCAGCAGCCGUGGCUCCGACGUCGCCAGCUCGAGUCGGGUGCGCACGCACGCCGCCACCCUGCUCGGCGUUCUCUACCGCCUCAGCCGCGCCAACGACGACGGCGACAGCGACGGCGACGGCCUCGACGACGAUGACGAAGUGGAGGAGGUGGAUGAGCGCGAGAUGUCGUUCGAGGGCAAGCGGCGGUUCGUGGAGCUGUGCGAGGCGAGGGCGCGGAGCGGUACGAGCGGCCGCCGCACACGCGGUGGGCCGGAGCGCAAGUGGGCGCGGCGCGAGGCCAGUUUCUUCCGCGCGCUCGCCGCGGAGCUGCGGGCCGACGACUACCGCCGGCGGCUCCACCAGGCGGCCGACGCCGAUGAGCGGGAGGAGGCUGCACGGUGCAAUGAGAUCGUGCGGCGCGAGCGGCAUGCGAGCCGGAUCCUGACCGAUUUGCACUCCAACGAGCCGCACUCGUUCAAGAUCGAGGGCUGGCGUUGGGACCUGACCCUCGGGUUCCUGCGCAAGUACUUCCACCAGCACUUUGUGCACCUCUUCGGGGGUCGGCCAGAGUUCAGACGGGCCACCAAGCAAUUUUAUGAGUCUGGGGAACGGAGCUGGGUCUGGCCCCAGAUCUACGUGCGCAAGGUGAAUCGGGACACACUCAAGGGCAGGAGCACCCAGACCAAACGGUUCAGGAAGGAGGUGGAUCGGAACUGGACGAGGGGCAAUCGCGAGCGCUACCGGGGCAACGGCGAGUACCGCUACGACCUGCGACAGGCCGAGCAGCGCCGGGGCCGCGCCGUCGAGCGCGAAUGGCGUAUGGCCAACGAACGCGGUCUCUGGUGA